GUAUUGUGGUGUGAUGACAAUAUAACACGUAAGACAAAAACACUAAGAGUGUUGUUCCACCUAUGAUGCUUCAUGUUCACAGGGAGUUGUGUUUAACCUAUGAUUGUACAUGUUCACGGGAAAAUUUGACUUAUAUUUUGAAUUAAAAAGGCACUAGUUAUAUUUGCAGAGGUAAAAUUUAAAGUGUUUGAUAUAACAUUAAACAGUGUCUUGAUAUCAUUGGAGUACAUGUGUUUUCAGUUAAAUAUUAAACAAUCAAACAAUUAUUGAUGGGAAAGAGGUACAUUUGCAAAUAUAUGGAAAGGGUAUGUAACUAUGUAUCAGUAACAAGUUUGAGACAAGUUAAAGUUUCAUUUAAGAUUAUUUUUUCUGUCUUAUAAUGUGUUCAUAAUAGUUGAGCCUGGCGCUGUGAAAAUGGGGUUCAAUGCAUGUGCGUAAAGUGUCGGCCCAGAUAAGCCUGUGCAGACUCCCAGAUUAGCCAGUGCAGACUCCCAUAUUAGCCUGUGCAGACUCCCAGAUAAGCCUGUGCAGACUACCAGAUAAGCCUGUGCAGACUCCCAGAUUAGCCAGUGCAGACUACCAGAUAAGCCUGUGCAGACUCCCAGAUAAGCCUGUGCAGACUACCAGAUAAGCCUGUGCAGACUACCAGAUAAGCCUGUGCAGACUCCCAGAUAAGCCUGUGAAGACUACCAGAUAAGCCUGUGCAGACUACCAGAUUAGCCUGUGCAGACUACCAGAUAAGCCUGUGCAGACUACCAGAUAAGCCUGUGCAGACUACCAGAUAAGCCUGUGCAGACUACCAGAUUAGCCUGUGCAGACUCCCAGAUAAGCCUGUGCAGACUACCAGAUUAGCCUGUGCAGACUCUCAGAUUAGCCUGUGCAGACUCCCAGAUUAGCCUGUGCAGACUACCAGAUUAGCCAGUGCAGACUACCAGAUUAGCCUGUGCAGACUCCCAGAUUAGCCAGUGCAGACUACCAGAUUAGCCUGUGCAGACUCCCAGAUAAGCCUGUGCAGACUCCCAGAUUAGCCUGUGCAGACUCCCAGAUUAGCCUGUGCAGACUACCAGAUUAGCCUGUGCAGACUCCCAUAUAAGCCUGUGCAGACUCACAGAUAAGCCUGUGCAGACUCCCAGAUUAGCCUGUGCAGACUCCCAGAUAAGCCUGUGCAGACUCCCAGAUAAGCCUGUGCAGACUCCCAGAUAAGCCUGUGCAGACUCCCAGAUAAGCCUGUGCAGACUACCAGAUAAGCCUGUGCAGACUCCCAGAUAAGCCUGUGCAGACUCCCAGAUAAGCCUGUGCAGACUACCAGAUUAGCCUGUGCAGACUACCAGAUUAGCCUGUGCAGACUCCCAGAUUAGCCUGUGCAGACUCCCAGAUUAGCCUGUGCAGACUACACAGAAUAAUUAGCUAUCCACUUUCCGUCUGUUAUGGUAUUUUUCGUAAAAAGGUAGUGGAAAAACCAAAUUAGGCGGAUCCAAAGUGUUAAUUGUGAUAAGCCCAUAUGGACUGCACAGACUAAUCUGAGACAACACAUUACACACAUGCAUUAAACACCCCGUUUGACCAAAGCGAGGCCCAUAUUUCUGCAAGUAUAACAGCCAUUUCAGCAAUAGGUAUUUUAUAUUUGUUUCAGAACGUCUGUCUUCUCCAUCAGCCCGUUCAUGUUGUUCAUGCCCCACAUGUUGGAAGAUGUUUCCCAGCAAGAGUCUGCUGGUGAUACAUCUUCGUGUUCACACUAGGGAAAAGCCUUAUGAAUGUAACAUAUGCAAGAAAGGCUUCUUACAGAAGGGGGGCUUGAAGAGGCAUAUGAAUACAGAAACAAGUUUGUUUGCCCCUUUUGCCAGAAGUCAUUCCACAACAAAAGCCACAUUGUCGACCAUGUUCGCGUACAUACAGGAGAGAGACCAAAAGUUUGUUUGCCCCUUUUGCCAGAAGGGGUUUAACCAGAAAACCCACAUUGCUGCCCAUGUUCGAACCCACACAGGGGAAAGACCGUUCAUAUGCAAGAUCUGUCGAAAAGGAUUUACACAGAAAAAGAAGUUUGGUUGCUACGUUUGCCAGCGGUUGUUCACCAGGAAAGCAGACGUCGAGCGUCACGUUCGCAUCCACACGGGCGAGAAGCCUUACGAAUGUGACGUGUGUCACAGACGGUUUAUACAGAGAAGUUCCCUCAAGAGGCACAGCUUGGUGCACAUGGAUAACUUCCUUAAUAGUUCAUUUAUUAGUGCUCAAAGAUGUGUGUUUUUGAUCACAAAUUUGGAUUUAUUAAUUUACAGCGACAUUGGGAAAAAACAGCAUCACAGCAACAUGCGAGCAGAGAGUCAUGUUUGUGAGCAUUGCAAGAAGACGUUUAAGACCAGAUCUCAUCUGGCUCGCCAUGUUGUCAUACAUCAGGGGGAGAAACCAUUUGAAUGCAGUAUUUGUCAUGUCAGAUUUAUACAUGCAAGUACCCUGAAGAAACACAGCCUAAUUCAUAUGGACACCGUGUGUAAGCGGCAGCAGAAAAGGAAUACCACUCCUAAAGAUAAGCUUGUCUGCAAUCAUUGUUCAAAGACAUUCGACUCAAGUUCUGGUCUUGUUCGUCAUAUUCUAACACACACGGGGGAAAAGCCGUUUGAAUGCAGUGUUUGUCAUAAACAAUUUAAUCGGAAAGGUAAUCUAAAGGCACACAUGUUUGUCCACACAGAAGAAAGGCCAUUCGAAUGCAAUCUUUGUCAAAAACGAUUUUUUUGGAAUAGCAGUCUUAAUCAGCACAUGUUUGUCCACACAGGGGAAAGGGAAAGGCGGUAUGAAUGCAGUGUUUGUCAUAAACGAUUCCAUCAAAGCAGUAAUCUAAAGGGGCACCUGAUGGUCCACACAGGAGAAAUGCCUUUUGAAUGCAAUAUUUGUCAUAAACAAUUUGCUCAGAAAGGUAAUUUUGAGCGUCACAUGUUGUUGGUCCACAAAGAAAACCGUAGUUUGUCCAAGAAAGUCAGCCAAAAAGAGCCAGAGAAGUUUGGUUGCAACAUUUGCCAGCGGUUGUUCACAAGGAAAGCAGAUGUCGAGCGUCACCUUCACAUCCACACGGGCGAGAAGCCUUACGAAUGUGACGUGUGUCACAUGCGGUUUAUACAGAAGAGUUCCCUCAAGAGGCACAGCUUGGUGCACAUGGAUAACUUUCCUUAGUUCCAUAUGUAGACAGAUAAAUGUGAAAACACUGGAAAUAUAUAUGUUUUUGUGAGAAUAUCAAAUGGUUAAGGUUACUACAUAGUGACCACAUAAUGACAAAAAUUUGUUUUAUAAUUGAAACAAGUAUUACAGUUUUCUCUACUUGUUUACUUUGUGAAAAAAUAUUACAGUGUGCACAUGGAUAAUUUCUCUCAGUGCACAUGGAUAACUUCUCUUAGUGAUCAUGGAUAACUUUCUUAGUGAUCAUGGAUAACUUUCUUAGUGAUCAUGGAUAACUUCCCUAAGUGAUCAUGGAUAACUUCCCUUAGUGAUCAUGGAUAUCUUCCCUUAGUGAACAUGUAUAACUGAUGAAACUGUUUUUUUUUGUCCCCUACUGGUGAAACCGGAGGAGACUUAUGGUUUGCGCUCUGUCAGUCUGUCUGUCAGUCUGUCCGUCAGUCUGUUCCUCACACUUUUUUGGAUCCUGCAAUAACUUUAAAAGUUCUUCAUAUUAUUCCUUGAAACUUAAAAUAUGGAUAGAUGGCAAUAUGGAGAUUAUGCACGUCAUUUCAUUUUGUUCCUACGUCAAUAAUUAUGGUUGCUAUGGCAACAAAUUAAAAAAUAAAUAAAUAAAAAAAUUCUGACAAUGGUGGAGUUUCACCGGUCGGGGACCAUAUUGCUUGGCAAUCUCUUGUUUAUUAUGCCCCCGGAUUGAAUGAUCGGGUGUAUAGUGUUUUUGGCCUGUCUGUCUUGUCUGUCAAUGUAUGUGUGUAUCCGUCUGUCCCAAUAAUUUAACAUUAGCCAUAACUUUUGCAAUAUUGAAGAUAGCAACUUAAUGUUUGGCAUGCAUGUGUAUCUCAUGGAGCUGCAUGAGUGGUGAAAUUUCAAGGUUAUCCUUCAAGGUCAAAGGUCAUCGUUUUCUCUAAAAUAGCUGCCGUGGGACGUCAAAGCACAGUGGGGGGCAUUGUGUUUCACAAAUACAGCUCUUGUUGCUUGUU